CUCCAGCCGCUUCGUCCUUUCGCGCAUCUUGCCACUCUUCGUUUUUCUCUUUCACAUUGACCUUCUACUAGUACCAUCAAAUGGCUGCCGAUGAGUCGCUCAACAUUCGUAUCUCCAUCGAUCGGGGUGGCACCUUCACUGAUGUGCACGCUUCAAUACCCGGUCGACAAGACACAAUCCUCAAGCUGCUCUCAGUUGACCCUGCCAACUACAAAGAUGCACCAACAGAAGGUAUUCGAAGAAUACUAGAGCUGGCAACCGGCAAGCCGCACCCUCGGGGUCAACUCCUAAAUCUUUUCCACAUUGACUCUAUCCGCAUGGGCACUACCGUCGCGACCAACGCACUUCUUGAGAGAAAGGGUGCCCGAUCGGCGCUACUCAUAACUAAAGGCUUCAAGGAUCUACUACUUAUUGGCAACCAAUCACGACCCAAGAUCUUUGAUCUUUCUGUGGCACGCCCUGAAGUGCUAUAUGAGCAGGUCGUCGAGGUUGACGAGCGCAUCACCAUGGAGGACUACACCGAGGAUCCCGAGUCUGCAAAGACUCUGCCAAGUGCCGCGAUGCCGGAACUUGUUACUGGCAUUACUGGAGAGACUAUUCGCAUCAUGAAGAAGCCUGACGCUGAAGCUGUCAAGUUGCAACUCCAAACUCUAUGGGACUCGGGCUUCCGGUCGCUUGCCGUGGUAUUUGUUCACUCAUACGCCUAUCCCGAACACGAGCUAUUGAUAGGAAAGCUCGCAGUAGAAAUGGGCUUCUCCAUCACCCUGUCCUCCUCCGUGCAGCCCAUGAUAAAUGUGGUGCCUAGAGGCAUGUCUGCCAUGGCUGAUGCUUAUCUUACUCCGGUCAUAAAACUUUACAUUGACUCCAUCUCAGCCAACUUCGAGGGUGGAUUUGAAUCUCACAAUACCCGCAUCGAGUUCAUGCAGUCCGAUGGUGGCCUUGUGGAUUUUCGAAAUUUCAGCGGUCUCAAAGCUAUCCUCUCAGGCCCAGCUGGCGGUGUUGUCGGCUAUGCCCAGACAUCAUGGGAUACCGAGGAGAAGUGUCCCAUCCUUGGGUUCGACAUGGGCGGUACCUCUACUGAUGUAUCGAGAUAUGCCGGCGUGUACGACCACGUCUUCGAGACCACCACUGCUGGCAUUUCGAUCCAGUCCCCGCAGCUUGAUAUCCACACUGUCGCUGCCGGUGGUGGUUCUAUCUUAGCCUGGAGAAACGGCCUUUUCAAUGUCGGCCCUGAGUCAGCCUCUGCACAUCCCGGGCCCGCUUGCUAUAGGAAAGGUGGCCCUCUAACUGUCACUGACGCCAACCUCUUUGUUGGCCGGCUUCUGCCGCAAUACUUCCCGAAAGUCUUUGGGCCUAACGAGGACGAGCCUCUGAACAGAGAAGUCACAGCUCAAAAGUUCCAAGCUCUUACAGAGGAAAUCAACAAGGAUCGUUGCAAGAAUGGCCAAGCUCCUUUCUCCGCUGAAGAUGUCGCGAUGGGGUUUCUGGAAGUCGCUAAUGAAGGCAUGGCUCGGCCUAUCCGCGCUCUCACCGAGGCCAGGGGCUUUGAGACCUCAAGCCAUCACCUCGCUUGCUUUGGUGGUGCCGGUGGCCAGCAUGCCUGCUCCGUUGCCGACGUCCUGAGCAUCUCCAGGGUCAUCAUACACAAAUACUCAUCUAUUCUUUCUGCAUACGGUAUGUCUCUGGCCGACGUUGUCCACGAGGUACAGCGCCCUGCUGCCUUGACCUACUCUGCUGAAACGGAACCCGAAAUCCAAUCCCAGCUUCACGAUCUCGAGUCUCAAGCGCAGCGCACGCUCUCCGGACAAGGCUUCUCGCUUGAGCAGAUAUCCUACAACAGCUAUCUCAACCUGAGAUAUGCAGGUUCCAGCAAUUCACUGAUGAUUCUUAAAGGCGACGACUGGGAUUUCAAGCAAGGCUUUGAGGCGGCUCAUAAGCGCGAAUUCGGAUUUAACUUUAGCAACAAGCCCAUCUUGGUCGAUGAUAUCCGUGUCCGAGCCAUCGGUGCCUCUCAAUCCCGCCUUGAGAAGAGCCCUUAUGCUCAGAUGAAGCUUGUUCAGAAGGCUGAAGUUGAAUUGCCGGCCCAGAUCAGCACCAGCCGUGUCUUUUUCGCUCAAAGUGGCUGGGCUGAGACUCCUGUCUACGAACUCCAGCAUCUACUCAACGGAGCGCGUCUGACCGGACCAGCUUUGGUCAUCGACAAGACGCAGACCAUUCUUGUCACUCCCCAUGCUAUCGCUACCGUCCUUGACAACUAUGUUGUCAUUGACCUCCCAUCUGAUGUCUCUUCCAAGGUUCAGCAACAGACUGAAUUCAGCCCUAUUCAGCUGUCAAUCUUUGGCCACCGCUUCAUGUCAAUUGCCGAACAGAUGGGUCGAACGCUACAGAAGACUGCAGUUUCAACCAAUAUCAAGGAGCGUCUAGACUUCUCUUGCGCAAUCUUUUCACCUGACGGCGGAUUGGUUGCAAAUGCACCGCACGUGCCUGUCCACCUCGGAUCUAUGCAGUUCGCUGUUCAAUACCAGCAUAAACUGUGGGAGGGUAACUUAAAGGACGGGGAUGUGCUCGUGUCUAACCAUCCGAGCUGUGGCGGUACCCAUCUUCCUGACAUCACCGUUAUCACUCCUGUGUUCGACAAUGAUGUUAUCGCAUUCUACGUUGCCAGCCGUGGUCACCAUGCGGAUAUUGGCGGGUUACUGCCUGGCUCGAUGCCACCUACCAGCAGCGCAUUAUGGCAAGAGGGUGCUGCUAUUGAGAGCACCAAGCUCGUGAGCGCAGGAAAGUUCGAUGAGGACGAAGUUAAGCGGCUUCUGCUCGUGGAGCCCGCUCAAUAUGAUGGCUGCUCAGGCUCCAGAAAGUUAGCGGACAACAUGUCUGACUUGAAAGCUCAGAUUGCUGCCAAUGUCAAAGGCAUUUCCCUCAUCAAGGACCUCAUCAUCGAGUUUGGCUUGGCCACUGUGCACCGGUACAUGUAUGCCAUUCAGCAUACUGCUGAGCUCGCCGUGCGCGACCUCUUAAAGGCUACGGUGGUCAAGCUUGGCUCCGCGCCCCUUGAGGCAGUCGACUACAUGGAUGAUGGUACGCCGAUCAAGCUCAAAAUCACCAUUGCGGACGAUGGCUCCGCUGAAUUCGACUUCACGGGUACGGGCCCGCAGGUUCUAGGCAACACCAACGCCCCGAUUGCUAUUACACACAGCGCCAUCAUAUAUUGCCUGCGGGCUCUCGUCGCCACAGACAUUCCGCUUAACCAAGGCUGCUUGAACCCUAUCAGCAUCCGUGUCCCCGAAGCCAGUAUCCUCAGCCCAGCCAAGGGUCUUGCUGUGGUCGGUGGUAACGUCCUGACCUCGCAACGGAUUACCGACGUUGUACUUCGAGCAUUCCGUGCAUGUGCCGCCAGCCAGGGCUGCUGCAACAAUCUCACGUUCGGUACAGGUGGGAAAGAUUCUAUAACCGGUGAGCACGAGGAUGGUUUCGGCUAUUAUGAGACUAUCGCCGGUGGUGCAGGUGCAGGACCUACCUGGGAGGGUACAAGUGGUGUGCACGUCCACAUGACAAACACACGUAUCACAGAUCCAGAGGUUUUCGAGAAGCGUUACCCGUGCAUUCUGCGCGCGUUCACUCUGAGGGAAGCUUCUGGAGGUAAAGGCCGCCACAAUGGCGGUGACGGCACAGUGCGCGACAUCGAGUUCAGGGUCCCCGUGCAGUGCUCUAUCCUCAGUGAGCGGCGAUCCAGGCAGCCAUAUGGAAUGGAGGGCGGCGGGGACGGAUCUAGUGGUAUCAAUCUGAUUGUGCGGAGGGAUGACAAGGGCAGAGAGAGCGUCGUUAAUCUGGGCGCUAAAGCCACAACGAGACUGGUUUCGGGUGACAGGGUAAUCAUUCAGUCCCCUGGUGGUGGCGCUUGGGGUUCCCCUGAAACUAGGUAACGGUAUCAGCAUAUUCAAUGGACACGCGUGAAAUAGGCGUGAGAGGUUUCAUUUCAGAUCAUACGAAGGACAGAUAUCAGAUGGUACCAUUUUAUUUGUGCUGUGAUAGCAAUCAUUCGUUUACAAAUCAUCUCUUGGGGAUAUGGUUGCCAUAAGUGAGGAGAUAUUGCAGGAAGAGCGGUACGACAAGAGAAUUUCAACGUUGAACACUUGAACGAGCUCGAGAAAACGAAAAUGCCGUCUUGAAUAUAGCCAAACUGAAAUACAGUCGUCAAG